GCUAGUCAAAACUAGUGGGAGGUUGUCUGCGGAGAUGGCACGCGGCAAGGUGCAGAUGAGGAGGAUUGAGAACCCCGUCCACCGGCAGGUCACGUUCUGCAAACGCCGGGCAGGGCUGCUCAAGAAGGCGAAGGAGCUAUCAGUGUUAACCGAUGCCGAUAUUGGUAUCAUCAUCUUCUCCACACAUGGCAAGCUCUAUGAGCUAGCCACCAGGGGGACUAUGGAAGGCUUGAUUGAAAGGUACAGGAAGACAAGUGGAGAAGCUCAAACUGAAGGGGGUGAAGUGAUCCAAGCACAGUUUGCUCAACUAGCUCAGUUAACUUGUCUGCGAAAGGGGCAUUCCAAUGCACAAGGCCCUCGUUACUGUGGGAUCAAAUGA